AUGACACGAUCUGCUCUUCUCGCGUUCUCCCUCGCGCUGCUGCUCGUGGCGGCGCGCGCCGGCAGCCCCAUCACAAGCUCGACGGCGAACGAGAAGCCCGACCAGAGCAGCAAGAAGGACGACGGGCUCAUGACCGAAAUCCCCGCGGCCAUAGCGAAGCAGGCGGCGGCGGGCAACGCGGAGGGAGUGACAUAUGUUGACACGGCGCAGGACACGUUCUUCAUGGCUGAUGUGAAGAAGGCCGGGUGGAACGCGCAGAAAUGCCCGCCGGGUACGUGGGCCACAGGGCCUGAGAGCAUAGCAUGGGACCCGAGCGGGCGAGGACCGUACGUGAGUGUGAGCGACGGGCGCAUUCUCAGGAGGAAGACGGACGGCAGUGACUGGGAGGAGUUCACCUAUGCCUCGCCCCACAGGUACCGCGCAUUGCUGCCGCACUGGUACCCUUGCUGCCGCACUGGUACCCUUGCUGCUGCACUGGUACCCUUGCUGCUGCACAGGACCUCGGCAAUCUGCGAUUCGCGUACCGCGAAGCUCGCACUAGAGGACAAAUGCGGCCGGCCGGUGGGAAUGGCAUUUCACCCGACCACGGGGGACCUGUACUUUGCUGACACUUACUACGGGCUCUUCAAGGUGAGCAGCAGCGGCGGGCAGGCGACGAAGUUGGUGGAUGUGGUGGAUGGGACGCGCAUGAUGAUGUGCAACGACCUGGACAUUGAUGCUGACGCUAAUGUGGUCUACUUCACUGACUCCAGCUCACGAUGGGCUCGCAGAGACUUCCUCCCUCUGCUCCUGGAGGGGCGCAAGGACGGGCGUUUUAUGAAGUAUGACAUCGGCACAGGCAAGACCACUGUGCUUGUGAACAAGGUCGCGUUUGCAAACGGCGUUGCGCUUUCACAGGAUAAGAAGUUUGUCGUCUUCUGUGAAACGACCUACCUCAGGUGCCACAGGAAGGUUCUGGAUCGCACUCAACUCCCGCAACUCGCUUGUAACAGCAUUACUUAUGCGGACUCCAAUCAUUAG